AUGUUUCUUUUGGAGAGAUUUGAGGAGAAUUGUGGACGAGAGUUGGAUUUCACGGUGGCUAGAUAUUGGGCUGGUCGACGAAAUGUGAACUCGGUGAUGAGUCACACCGAAAAGAGAAUGAUGCAAAGAGCAGCGUAUUCGAUUGCGCAGAAGUUCGCAGAGACUCAUCUCUUCAAGAAUUACCUCGAAGAUGUUUCUCAACAAGCAAGACAAAUCUUGGAGACAUCACAAAGAACUCAGCAGAUUUCCAAGCCAGUUGACGAGACGGCGUUGUUUUUGAGUCAAAGUUGGAGUCGUCCAUUGGAUGGGACAACGAGAAUCGAUUUUGAUCGUUUCGCCGAUGAGGAGGCGACUCUGGAGGAUCGAAAAUGGGCUCUAUCAAGCCUUCUCGGCCUACCUGGAUCCCAUUUUCUCGAGGAAACUUCACUCAAUCCAUUCAUCCAUUCACUUUUUCAAGCGUUACCGUUAUUAUCUGAUGAAAUUUUCCCAAUGUUCACAAAGUUGUUGAAGUGCGAGGAAGAGGAGGUUCAACACAUUACUUUUGAAAGCUUGGCAAAAUUCGCAUUUGGUACUGAAGUGUUGAAUCUUUCCGAGGAGAUCAAUUUGAAAUUUGUGGAUUUUUAUGGACAGUUACUCCUUUCAAUGCCCGAUCAAUGGAGACGAGAAUCGCCUGAUUUGAUUGCGAAGAUGAUCGUCUCGUUCUUUCAACAAUUCAAAAUGGAUCACAAAAUUCUGAAUUCUCUAAAUAAGCUAGAUGCUUGGCCUAAAUUUUUCAUUCUCUGGUGGUCGAUUCUUGACAUUCGAUUGAAGAUUCAGCCAUAUGCUGGAGAGCUGAUAAAAGAGUUUUUGCGAAAACUAAACGAAGAAGAAAAGAAUAAUGAAAUCUAUUUGGAAUUGUUGACGAUAAUUUAUGUUUAUCGAUGCUCGAAUGGGCUUCAGAAAGAGAUCAGACACCAUCUCCUUCGCAGCCUUCCACCCCAACUCUUCGCAUUGAUGGCCGAAAAUCUCGCAAGGCACGUUCUUAUCUUCACUUCUUCAAUGAUAUUCUCUUUCUUCUUGACGCUGAUGUCGAUUGGUUACGCGAAAUUGAUGUCUGAUACCUUACAGAGCGGCGAUCUCCACAAAUGCAUCAUCGGAAUCCACGACAACGCGGCUCUUAAGGCGAGCGUUUCAAUCAUGGGGAUCACUGAGGGAUGCUACUUCUAUGAAACGACAGUGGAGCGCGCUGAAGAGGCUUCAACGUUCCUUUACGAGAAACAAGGCGCGGAUGAAUCGCUUAUAGCAGACAAUGCCGCUUCUUGCCGAGGAUUGCGGUUGUUCUACACGGUGGUGUUUGAUCUAACAAAAAAACAGAGGAAAAGAACCCGAAUUGCUGUGCGUACCAUGAACGAUCGUUUUUUCCUUACCAAGAUUCACACCGAUCUGGUCGAUCACUCUGAACUUGGAUCACACAUGCUGAAAAUUGGCGACAUCCGCUACGUGAAGGCGAAUAUGCUAGAUUUCCGAUCCGUUUUCUCGCCGUCAAUCGAAGAAGUGCACAAGGAUGAGCAUUCACGCUUAGCUGGAUGUCCAAAGGAAGCCAACGAUAGCCAGUCUUUUUCGUACGAGGAAUACGUGUUCGUGGUGGUGCUUGAUGUGCACGAAUAUCGCGUGUUUUGGGUGCAUAUCGAAAAACUGGAUAGCGUUGGCGUGCCCGUUAUAAAGUUCAUUGAUACGAAGGCUGCCAUCUCGAUCAAAGCUGUGCCCAACUUUUACGAAGCUCAAUUCAAUGUUUACGUGAAGAAUAGGAAAGUUUUCCUGAUGGUCUCAAAUCGAAACGUGGUCGGCUUUGCGGCGGCCAACAUGCAACUCAUUGAUUUAGAAGCGCUUUUUGAAGGCAAUUAUCUAGAAGGAUACGGUAGACAAGCGUUGCCUGCCCACUUUUCACCGCUCAUGUACACGCACGAGUAUGCCGGAGUCUCCAAUGCAACCUUGAUCUUACGCAGACUGAUAGACGGAUGUGAAACAUAUUUUGGACACCCAACCGUGAUCGCUUCAAGAUUUUCAGAAGAGUCAAAUAUGGUUAAACGAUUCACGCCGUACCGAGGUCCGCUGCAUGCAAUUUAUCCGCCGACCGACGUGCCACAAAUGCCCGUGAGAGCGGAGAAAGCAAAAUACAUAGUUUAUGCUAUCUCGAUCGCCACUUUGUCUGGUCUCAUCUUGUUGAUCAGCCUACCAAAUCUAAUAAGAUGGAUUCUGAGAAAAUAUGCUGGAUUU